AUGAGGCCCGGGUGCAUUAUUAAUGAGGCCCGUGGCCCGGCCGCCUGCUUGUGGAGCCGGCCUGUGGGCCUGAAAGGGAACCGUUUCGCCGAAGAGUCGUGCCAGGGCGGACUAUCUGUGCCCGAUUGGUCACAUGACUGCGACAUCACGACAAAGCUGAGACUGAUCGACCGUGGUCCGGACUUGCCGGAUGAGCAACAUCACCCACCCCUGCAAACCUGGUGCCAGGACACACUGGCUGUUUUCGGAGGGGGCGAGAGGGCAAAGCUUAUUCCCACAGAUCUGAACCAGAAGGCCGACUGCCUCGGAAUACCGAUCACCUCGCCCAGACGGAAUCCUUUGAGCUCUCUCUCUGGCAUCGUCUUCUCUUUCUGCCAGUUUCCUCCCCUACUCCUCUCUUCCCCUUCUGAAGUUGACAACAAAGACAUCCUCGGGGUCCCUCUUGAUAGUAGAGGCAAAGAAGCUGAAUCAGGUGGUCCUGUGAAAGAAAAAAGCAAGAAAACCAGCCUCACUAAAGAUGAGGUCGCACUUUACAGGAAUUCUCAUAAGCACAGCGUCAGCGUCGACAUGCUGCGCAAGGGUUACCACAGGUCCUUCUGCGAGUUCCUGGCUCUGAUCCAUCGGUGGAACGCCUCCAGGGAGGCGGCGGAGCCUGGGUCAGCCAUAUGGCAGCAGCAGCCCCUGGAGGAGCAGCCCCAUAAGCUGGAUCAGCUUCAGCACUUCCUGACCAGGGCUGAGGCGGCCCAGCGAGCAGGCCUGUAUGAGGAGGUGUAUGAGAACCAGGUCGCGCUGGCCUGUUACUUUGUGGAGCCAGAGGAUAAGUGGCUGUCCUAUCACUUCUAUGAAGCUAGCCUCGUUUCCGCUCGCAUGGUGAAGACAGAUGGAGGGAGGAAAGAGGCGGAAGCUAAUUCAAACCUGGGACACGUCUACAUGGAACAAGGUCAGCUGGAAAGAGCCCGGGAACAUUAUGAAGCAUUCCAUCAUCUGACAGAGACGCAGGCGUGGAAGGAUGAGGCAGGGCGGACUCUCCGCUCUCAAGCCUGCGAGUGUCUCUGGAGGAUUUACACAUUACUUGCAGACAAAAUGCUGGAAAAUGAAGAGCACGGGCCGGCCAUCGAGACUCUGACAAAGGCCUUUGAAAUGGCUCAAGAAGCCGGGGAUAAAAAGAUAGAAGGCAAGGCCGCGUAUCGGGUGGGACUGGCCUACCAAUGUGUGGGAGACCAGGAAACCGCUAAAAGAUAUUUGAAUAUGUAUAUGGACAUUUCCACUGUAUUGGGAGAUGAUGAAAGUCUGGGAAAAGCCUACGAGGCAAUAGCAAAAUCUCUAGAAAGUGAGGGGAAACUUGCUGAGACAGUUGAGUACCUGGAGAAGUUUGUGGAGGUGUCUCAGGAUGACGGCCUCCAUCACAACCUACAGGAGGCCUGCAUGUGCCUGGGAAUCUUUUUCUCCUCCAGGGGUCAAUACGACAGAGGCUGUGGGUACUUCGAGCGGGCCUACGAGAUCGCCCGGAAGAGGAGCGACGCGGGGCCGCUGCAGAAGGCUCAGGUGUACCUGGGCCACACCAGAGCCUGCGCGGUGAUGGCGGCGUACAGCGGUCACGUCGCCGCAGCCGGACCUGUCGAUACGCGCAAGCUGCUGGCAUGGAAGGAGAGCCGAAAUGACACGUUCAGCGAAGCGGACACUGAACGAAGCCAGUAAAUGAAGGGCGAAACUCAAGGAUCACCUACAGAUGACACAAAACCACAUCUCCAGCAGC